AUGUUGUUCCUCUGAAAGAAGAAUAUGAAGGAAAGAAGGUAGAGCUGGGGAAGACAGAGGCUGAAAUUCAGCAGAUGAUCCAGAAGAGACGACUGAAGAUUCAGGAGGUCAAACACUCAGUCGACCUCAGUGAGGAAGAUGCAGACAGAGAGAUAGCAGAAGGUGUUCAGGUCUUCACUUCUCUGAAGGAGUCUGUUGAGAGAGGCCUGAAUGAGCUCAUCAACACGAUCAAAGAGAAGCAGAAAACAACAGAAAAACAGGCCGAAGCUUUCAUCAAAGAGCUGGAACAGGAAAUCUCUGAGCUGAUGAAGAGGAGCACUGAGGUGGAGCAGGUGUUACGCUCUGAAGACCACCUCCAUCUUCUCCAGAGUGUCCAGUCCCUAAACGUCCAACAACCUCCACCCACCAAGGACUGGACAGAGGUCAGCGUCCGUCCAUCAUCAUAUGAGGGGACUGUGGUGAAAGCUGUGGCUCAGCUGGAGGAGACACUCAGUAAAGAGAUGAAGAAGCUGCUUGAGCUGAAGAGGGUCCAGCAGUAUGUAGUGGAUGUGACUCUUGAUCCUGAUACAGCACAUUCUAAUCUCAUCCUGUCUGAUGAUGGGAAACAAGUGAAUCUUGGUGAUGGGAGGAAGAAUGUCCCAGACAACCCAGAGAGAUUUUCUAAGUGUGCUAGUGUUUUAAGAAAACAGAGUUUCUCUUCAGGCAGAUUUUACUUUGAGGUUCAAGUUAAAGGAAAGAUUGAAUGGAUUUUAGGAGUGGCCAGAGAGUCAAUCAAGAGGAAGGGAAGCAUCACACUGAAAACUCAGAAAGAGUUCACCCAGAGUUCUUUUAACCACUUCCUCAAUGAGAUGUACACAGCUUCUUUAGCAGAAACCACAAUCCCUUAA